GCCUGCCAGCUCUGCCGGACGAGAAAGACGAAAUGCAACAAUGUACGCCCAAUAUGUGGGGCAUGCAGUCAGAUUGGAGCACACUGCGUCUUUGAAGACAGCCUGGAUCAUUCUUCGCAACAGGGAUCUGAUACCUUUCAACCUGUUGUUCAAGAACAAAUACAGGAUGAGAGCAUGUGGAAUGGAAUAUCCCCGGAUCCUAUAGGGCAUAACCAUACUCCAAAUGGGGAAGCAAACCAUGGCACGGGAGAUCAGAAUGCAGCCUCGCAAUAUUCUACGAAUGAUCAAGAUGGUUUGUCAUCAUCUAAGUAUUUAUAUAUCCCCGCUUGCCGGACAAGUCCCAGCAAGAUCCUCCAAUGGCCAAUAUUCGAAGCACAGUAUCCUGCUGAUUGCCUCGAUGAAAGUUUUGUUUUAUCCUCGGAAGCUUCAGCUGACCAAGGACUGACAGAUGGUCCUUGUAGAAGCUCGUGGAAAUCAAAUGGGGGGCGCUCCUCUCAUGGUCGUUUCGGCGUCCAAGAAGAAGAAAUUGAGGGGCUGAUUGAAGACUUCCUCGCGGGGGUCCAUAUUAAAAAUCCAAUUCUGCAUCCAGAUUCACUGCGUCUUUAUGCCCGAAAUGUAGCAGAGAAUGGUCCCCAAUGGGAUUCGAAAUCUUGUUUAGUUUAUCUUACGUGUUCUCUGGGCUGUCUUGUCCAAUCUUUCCAGUCGAAGGAUUUCAGACCAGCAGACUCGGCUGACCCCCAUGAAACAACCUCUGUAAAGCAAGACUGCCAAAACUUGCGCCAUGCCGAAGCAUACUACAAUCUUGCUCGGAAGCGCAUUGGGCUCCUUCUCCCGUCAAUAAUGACCGCUCACUGCUACUUCUUCUCGGGGGUCUACCUCAUGUAUGUUAUGCAGCCACUCCAAGCCUGGAAUAACUUCUACCAAGCUUCUACGUUGUGCCACAUGUGUCUACAGUCUCGCAAGCCACUUACAAAUGAGCGAACAAUUCGGCUGGAGCAAUGCCUUUACUGGUCGUGUUUCAAGUCAGAAUCUGAAAUGCGAGGAGAGCUUCCACUACCUGUCUCAGUACUCGGCACCAUUGAGUACCCUCAUCUUUUUCCAAACCCACCGGAGGUUUCUUCACCGGCAACGGAGGCGAAGCUUGGCCACGGGGGAUCCUCAGACGAUUCUUCCUCACCUGCUGUCUCAACACCAUACUCACGUCGACAAGAGUCUCUGGCCUCAUACAGCGAAAGUUGGUUCUACUACUUAACCGAGAUUGCACUUCGUCGUAUUGGAAACCGUAUUUUGAACACCUUUUUCAAAGAAGAUUCCUCCUCGUGGUUGAAUGUUCCAAUUCCUGCCAUAAUCAAUGUCGCAAAGAAGUUUGAAAAUGAAAUAAAGCAGAGGGUAGACAGAUUGCCAGAUUCUCUUCGAUAUGACCAACAAAACCUCAGGAUCCGUCCCGAAGGAGAACUCCCCCACGUUAUCCGGGCGAGAGUUGUUGAGAUUCGGUCCUGGAUCUGUCGGCCGUUCCUAUUCUAUGCUGUACAUCAACCGGCAGAUGAUCCCAAUCAGAUAUUGAUUCGAGGUUUCGUACAAGAUUCUCUUGAAUUAUCCUUUUGUGUCAUAGAGAGCGUUGCGCACCGGCACCGACACCAUGGGACUUGGUAUGCUCUUCGCAGCGGGACAUCUGCGGCGUUUCGAAUCAUUGCCGCAGUCAAAUGUGGCCAUUUAGAUGUUCCUCUGGGGUGGAAACAGCUGAUUCUCAAACACAUCUCGACCCUGAAGUACUGGGAAAUGGAGUCACUGGACUUUGCGAAAGCCAGAGUCAUCUUGGAAGAACUACUGACAGAAGUGGGAGUGGGUUCAGCGUAA